ACACAAAGCUCUAUUCUCACUCACUCACUCACUCUAAUCAAAUCCAACGGUCAUAUUUCACUAGCCGUUGCAUUUGAAAAAGACCCAACCUUUCUCCCCCCCUCUCUCUCUCUUCAGACAUAUACCCUUAGCUCCCCUAUUAUUUCUACUAUCUGUUUCUGCAAUUUCAGUGGGCUCUCUCUCCUUCUUUCUCUCUCUCUCAUGCUUUUCUCUCUUCUGGGUUUGGUCUGAAUCUCAUUCUUCUCUAAGACCAUCGAGCUAAAAAAUGGUUCUUUCUGAAAACAACAAUCUGAUCAGACCCUCAACAAACAUUCAAGAAAUGGGAAGACAGAACAGGAGAGCUUUAGGAGUGAUUAAUCAUAAUUUAGUGAGAGGUCAAUCUUACCCAUGUGUUGUGGUUAACAAGAGAGGCUUAUCAGAUAAACAGGAGAUUUGUGAAAAGAAGCAGGCAGAUCUAGCUCAUAGACCAAUUACCAGGAGAUUUGCUGCACAAAUUGCUAGCACUAAACAAUCAUCAGCACUUGAGGAAGCUAAAAACACAAGAAUCUCAUCAGUUUCUAACUCAAAUGGGUUUGGAGAGACCAUAUUCAUUGAUGAGGAAUGCAAAUCUCCUCCUUCAGAUCAGCCAGUGCCUAUGUUCUUGGAACAAACCGAAACCGAAGAAGCACCAGCUGAAAGUGAUCUUAUGGAGGAGGUUGAAAUGGAAGAUAUAGUAGUUGAAGAAGAAGACCCAAUUACAGAUAUUGAUAGCUGUGAUAGAAAGAACCCACUUGCAGUUGUAGAUUAUGUUGAAGAUAUCUAUGCUUUUUAUAGAAAAAUGGAGGGGUUUAGCUGUGUCUCAUCUGACUACUUAGGACAACAAUAUGACAUAAAUGAAAGGAUGAGAUCUAUACUGAUUGACUGGCUUAUUGAGGUGCAUGACAAGUUUGAACUGUUGAAAGAGACAUUGUUUCUCACAGUUAAUCUCAUAGAUAGGUUUUUAGCUAAGCAAAAAGUUGCAAGAAAGAAGCUUCAGUUGGUUGGAUUGGUUGCCAUGCUUUUGGCAUGUAAAUAUGAGGAAGUUUCUGUUCCUGUUGUGGGUGAUUUGAUUCUUAUAUCAGAUAAGGCUUACACAAGGAAUGAAGUUCUUGAAAUGGAGAAAUUGAUGCUUAACACAUUGCAAUUCAACAUGUCAGUCCCCACGCCUUAUGUCUUCAUGAAAAGGUUUCUCAAGGCUGCUCAAUCUGACAAAAAGCUUGAACUACUAUCCUUCUUCAUGAUCGAGCUGUCGCUGGUAGAGUACGAGAUGCUCAAGUAUUCGCCAUCCUUGUUAGCCGCGGCUGCAGUCUACACCGCUCAAUGCACUCUUUAUGGGUUCAAGCAGUGGAAUAGGACCUGCGAAUGGCACACAAGUUACUCAGAAGAUCAGCUCCUAGAGUGCUCGAGAUUGAUGGUUGGUCUCCACCAGAACGCAGCAACAGGAAAGCUAACAGGGGUUCAUAGGAAGUACUGUACAUCUAAGUUUGGAUACACAUCAAAAUGUGAACCAGCAAAUUUUCUGUUGCAGAAGACUCAACAACUACAAUAGCAGCAGAAGAGGAGAGGAAGGCAUGUAUUAUAUUACAGCAGCAGCUACUCUACUCUUAACAAUAACAACAACAGCAACAACAUGACUCAUGACUCAUGACUACUCUAUUUUACUCUACUCUACUUUACUUUCUACUCUAAUAUGUGCACAUAAUAAUUCAGCAUCAACAACAGCAGCAGCAGCAACCAAGGUUGCGGCCUGGGAAUUCGAUAUAUUCUAGAUUUGCAGCCGGAUUGGUUAGUUGGUUGGUUUGGUUGUUCAUUGCUUUACAGCCAUUCUUAAUGUCUAUGUUCCAAUUGAGCAUACAACAAUAUCUUUCUCUCUUUCUUAUUAUUAUUACUACGAUAUUUUUUUCACUUUGGACUGUCUUUUAAUCAAUUUACUUUUAUUUUUAUUGUUCCCUUUGAACAAUAAUGCGGGCAAUAAUAAAUACUCAACUUCAUUGUUGUUUC